AUGCCUCCGUCUCUCCCUGCUUUGUCUGACCCAGCCCUCCAAGGCGCCAUGGCCAGCCUUCGGGGCACGGCCGCUUCACAGGCAGCCUUCGUUGUUGGCAUAUCAUUGCACUUGUUUGUCUUUCGGAUUGGGGAAUGGGACCUUGCCACCAUGCGACUCAUCUUGGGCACCGUCUACAUCCAAGUUGCAGCCACUGCUCUCCUCGUAUAUGCCUUCCCAGACGUGUAUCCCUCGGUUUUAGAAACAGCAGGGAUCGUGGCCCGCCUUCUCGGGCUCGUGAUCACGGGUAUAUGGUCGAGCAUGCUCGUGUACAGGGGCUUUUUCCACCGACUCUGCCGCUUUCCCGGGCCAUUCUUGGCGCGGUUCUCCAACUUUUACAUCGCGGGGAUCUCGAUGAAAAAGCUCCUGCUACACAAAGAGGUACAAGCUCUCCAUAGACAGUACGGCGACUAUGUGAGAAUCGGUCCGUCGGAGUUGUCCAUCAAUGAUCCCAAGGCCGUCUCGCUUAUCCACGGAAACUCUACAACUUGCGUCAAGGGGCCUUGGUACAACGUGCACCACCCAAUGGUACCAAUCCAGAUGAUCCGUGACAAAGCAGAGCACCGCAAGCGCCGACAGGUCUGGGACCGGGGCUUCAGUUCCAAGGCACUGCGGGACUACGAGCCCAGAGUCAUCAACCAUGCCGAAGACUUGUUCAAGCAGAUCGCAAAGAUGGAGGGGCAGCCGAUCAACGUCACCGACUGGUUCAACUUCUACAGCUUUGACGUUAUGGGUGAUCUGGCCUUUGGCAAGUCCUUCCACAUGCUGCGCGACGGUAUCAAGCAUUAUUUUAUGACGGCACUGCACGGAUUCAUGAUUGGCGUUGGCCUCUUCAGUCAUCUGUUGUGGCUCUUCCCGAUCUUCAAAAAGACCCCCGUCCUGAAUGCCGAGGACAAGAAGUUCUGGUACUGGGUCUUGGAUCAGGUGGAAGAAAGAAAAAGGAACAUUCCCGACCGCCCGGAUGUAUUUUCUUGGAUUCUCGAGAGCUACAACAGCCUGGCGAAGCCCACCAAGCAAGAUGACCUCAACUUGAUCGGCGAUGCUUUCGUGAUUGCCGUCGCAGGAAGUGAUACCACAGCGGCCACGCUCUCCUGCUUGUUCUACGAACUUGCCGCUCACCCUGAGUGCGUGAAACAACUGCAGACGGAGGUUGACCCUCUUUUUAGCGGACAAGAGGGGCAGGAAAAUGACAUGCGGGCUCUGGCACAACUGGAGCACCUCAACGCAGUGAUCAACGAGGCUCUCCGUCUCCAUCCUCCCGUGCCGUCAGGCGUUCAGAGGAUGACCGGUCCCGAGGGCCUGCAGAUUGGUGACACGUUCGUGCCAGGCAACACUAUUGUCCAGAUCCCAAGCUACACCAUGUUCAGAGAUGAAAGAUGCUUCGAGCAGCCAGACGACUUCAUUCCCGAGCGGUGGACGACGAAGAAAGAGAUGACCAAGGACGCCAGUGUGUUCGUGCCGUUCUCCAUGGGUCGAUACUCGUGCAUCGGCAAACAGCUGGGAUUGAUCGAGAUCCGAUAUGUUACAGCACAUCUGAUCCACAAGUACAACCUGUCUUUCGCAAAGGACCAGGCUCCGCGCAAAUUUGUCGAGGGACAGCGGGAUACAUUUACAAUUGCACUCCCUGAUCUAAAACUAGUCUUUACGCCGAGAUCAUAG